AUGCCCGAAUCACAACCUGACUCUCCGCCAGCUGCGGCCAACCAAGCUGGCCGCGCCAUCCCCGUCGGCCUCAAUGAAGCAGCUCUCGACUCCCCAACCUUUCGAGUAACCGCUGCCAACUUUGGCGAUCAAGUUGAUGCUAUCGAGAAAUGGCUUAAUGGAUAUGCCCAGUCGACCUCGAAGCUCCUGCACGAUAUCCUCGCCCUUGAGGAGACGAUCAAUACCUUUCUUGUCAAAACGAUGCCCUCGGUGUCCGAUGGUGUUGUCGACAAUGAUUAUACGUUUCUGGCUUUGAAGAGAGUGGGUGAUGGAUGGCGCGAGUAUUGGAUUCAGAUGAUUAGCACAAUGAAGAAGAUGGACGGUUCAGUUGUCGAUCCUAUCCGACAGUUUAUCAUGGGUGACCUUAGGAAUUUCAAGGAGUGCAGGAGGGCUAUGGAACAGGCACAGCGAACCUUCGACUCGACUCUCGCUCGAUAUGUCAGUCAAUCCAAAACAAAGGAGCCAUCAGCUUUGCGUGAAGAUGCGUUUGCCGUAUUCGAGACACGAAAGUCUUACCUCAAAGCAUCGAUGGACUACUGCCAACUUGCACCUCAGCUGCGAUUCAGCAUGGACAAACUGCUGGUUAAGAUUUCCAGCGAGCGAUGGAACCAGUUGAGACGUACUCGAGAAGGUGCUGGCGAUACCAGCCGCUGGAACCAGGAGAUGGAGCGUAUCCAGGGCUGGUCAAAUGAAAUGGGAGCGUCCGAGAUGGUCUUUAGACGGGAGUUGCAAUCUGCCAGAAGAGAAAUUGGAGAAAACGCCCUCGCAGGAUUUAAGCCAUCCCGCGAGCUUGAAGAUUACAGUACUUCUACUGUCCCCUUUCUCGGUAGUCGUGGCCCUGUUACCAUGCGCCUUGAGGAGGGCGCCACUGUUGUGUCCGAAAAGCAGGGAUGGUUAUUUCUCCGAGUCCUCCAAGGAAAGCCAGCAAGACAUACUUGGAUCAGGAGGUGGUACUACUGUCGUGAUGGCAUCUUUGGCUGGCUGAUACCCGGACCUUUGGGAGUCCUACAAGGUGACGAAAUCGGAGUUUUGCUCUGCAACGCAAAGCCAGCAGUUGCCGAGGAUAGACGUUUCUGUUUUGAGGUCAAAACAAAGAGCCAGACUAUUCUGCUCCAAGCUGAAACGCAGGGCGAGCUUACAGAAUGGCUGGAAGUAUUCGAAGUCACCAAAAAGCGUGCUUUCGAGACUACCAUGAACAGAACCAGCGCUUCUCUGCCUGGAUCAGUUGAUCCUGCAUUUUCGAUCACUCCCCCAAGCAUCCCCGAGUUUUCAGCUAAAGCCCUGGAUACACAAAUUGGAAUCUACGACGAAUCAAGCCCCAACAUUGAUCGCACGAACACACUGCCUGUGCCUGGACCAGAAGGCAAUCUCAGCACGCGACAGAGCUUUGAUGUUAAUGGCAGUCUUUCUCGUCGCACCAUAACUUCUCUAAGUCGAGAUCUUGCCAGGGAAGAGGGCGAGAGCGGCCGCGAGCAUGCUGCCAGAAUUAUUCAGAAGCUCGACCUUCAUCGUAAGGCUACCUUUGGCAACCAAGGCCUCGAAGGUAUGCAGGGGGGUGCGUCUUCUACCACUGGACUUGCGAAUAUGAUGGCUACCAGUCACACCCUUCCUCCAGGCUUUCCAGGCUCUGUACCUGCUUCAUCGAACUUCAGACAAACGCCCAGUAUGUUGCCGUCCGUAGACACUCAGGUCGGCAGUCUGGCCCCAGCCACCCUAGCUAAACCUCCCUCCAUGACCGGACUUAGUCGUAUCGCGGUUUUGACAGCGGGAGACCGCCAGCCUGUGGGUAACAAUAGGAAGCUCCCCGCAUCCGUGGUUGCAAAUUAUUGGGGAAGUAGUCUUUGGGGUGCCAUGAAUGCACCAACUCAGCCGGUGCUUCCCCGACUCGACGAGGAUGAUCCUAUAGGUGUUGUCGUGCCAGGAAGCACAGUAGGACAAAGUGUGCAGCACAAGGAGGGUGGCGAAUAUUUCCCUCGAAACUAUCCUCCCGAACUGAGAGCCCAACACGCCCAGUUUAGACUGUUGUUCCCAGAUGCACCCCUGGAAGAGAAGCUGGUACUUGUCUUCCGAGCUGCAUGGACCGGGUCGCCUGAGCGGGGUCCUGGUAAGCCAGAUAUGGCCGGUGAUGGUCGAAUCUAUGUUACACCCGACAACAUGUACUUCUACGGACAACAGAUCGGCCUCGUUACUGCCUACAGUAUCAGCCUUGAUAUUAUUAGUGAAGUGACGGCAGCCCCUGGAAGGGAUUGUGACUUCAUCUUCUUACACCUCAAUGAGAAUGCGAACGAGACGGGCUAUACCAGAAUCACUAUCAAAGUAUUCUUGGAAGACCUCGGACUCCUUCAUACUCGCCUGAACCUAUUGAUUGAUGAUAUUCAAGCCGAGGAGCCGAUGGAUGUCGAGGCCACCAUCACUGCAUUGGUUAAUCUUGAAAAGGAGGAGUAUGACCGACCAAGCCCUAGUGUGGAAAGCUGGGAAGAGGUCUCGGCAAACACACCAAUGGAUGACGGAACGUCAACUGGACGGCCAGUUGCUCGUCGUAUGGAGUUCAGUCCCCCCCUGCGGCCCUCAAGAUCGCGAGGACGACAUAACCACAAGCUACACCUUCCAGUACGCCCUGUCAUCUAUGAGCCAGAAGGCAUGAAAGAAAUGGCUGCUGAGCGACACUUUGAAAUCAGCGCCAAGUCUUGUUUCCAUGUACUAUUUGGUGACAAGAGUUUUGUGUUUCCAAAGCUCUACUUUGAGCGCCGAGCUCAGCAGAUCGCUCAAGGACCGUGGGUGCUGGUGGAUCAGGGAAGAAUGAGACGUGACUUCCAGUUCAAAGUCGACUACAAAGACGUUCUGGGUCGGUCAAAGACUGCCGAUGUCAACGACUACCAGAUCAUCGAUGUCUUCAGUGACCACGUUACGUACGUGGUGACGCACGUCAAAACAGCCUGGCAUUUGCCUCACUCAAGCUGGUUCAAGGUUGUGACCAAGAUUGUCAUCACACACGUGGCCAAAUCCAAGUGUAAGCUGGCCAUCUACACCAAGACAGACUGGUCAAAGAACCCGGCCCUCUCCAAAAACUUGAUUGACCGUCAGGCAAUCCACGAUGCUGCUAGUGAUGCCGAGGAACUGGCUGAAGUUGCCACGGAUCAGGUUCGCAAGCUUGGAACGCGAAGCCGAACAAACAGAGCUAUCCAGGUGUAUGGUCAAAUUGGGCAGCAGACCGAAGUCGUGGUUUUCUCACCUGCUUCGACAGACUCCACUAAGAAGCAAGUCAUCAAGCCACGGACUCUGACGACUAUGGUCUUUGAAACGAUUCGAUCUUUUGGAGAGAGUGCAGUAUCAUCAGUCAUCAUGUGGGCUAUUGCUGUGCUGCGUAACGUAUUUAACUUGAUCACUGCCCAAUGGAUCAUCCUGGCGCUGCUUGCAUUCAGCACUCUAACCAACCUGCUGUUGACUUCGAGCGAAACGUCAGUUUGGUGGAAAGAGAGGAGAGCAGCAGGGUUUAUGCAAAACAUCGGUAUCCGGCCGAAUACGAUGAUGAGCAAAGCUAUCUACUUUGCUGAUCUACAUGAGGCGUCUGGGACCAACCAAGCUCUCUCUUUCCCUGAUAAUAGCACGUGCUUCUCAACUUUCAAAGAUUUACUGGACACUACAGACAUGGACACGCCAUGGGAAGAUGCCGGUGCUAGUUUGUCUUCGCCUACGAGCCGUGCUACAGCGCGUCGACUUCGACGAACAAGACAGCGUCUAGGAACUUAUCGACAUGAUUUACUGGUGGCUAUGAGAGUGGUCAACAGUAUCGAGCGGGAGAUGCUCCAAUCGGAGUGGGAGAAUUGGCUAGUCGACGAGAAGGUCCUCUGUGACGAGUUGGAUACUAUGCUCGAGCAACAAGACGAGACGAAAGAACGCAAGAAAGGAGCCGACACUAGCAAAGGAUCUAAGGGGUCACAGAAGGUCAUGGAGCCUAUAUCGGCUAAGAGACGGCAGGUCCUUGAGCAGUGGCGGGAUAGUUACUGCGGAAGCUGUAAGCAGGACUAUCAGGUUGUGAUGAAGGAGCGAAAGUUGUCUAUUCUGUAA